GCGGUUGCACCUUGCUGUUUAGGGACCCAACAUGGCGUCAGGGUACUUACUAAAUCGUGGUGCGUUGACAUUAGGAAUUCAUUGCCAGCGCGUCUGCAGGAAUAUUUCACUGUCACAGGUUAGAGAGAAAAAGCGAUGGAUGAAAGCUUACACGUACCUCAUGGCGAAGAAGUUGAAGCUGGAAGGACCUCCACCUCCGACGCCACGAUCCCAGCAGCCUCACUGGGAUUACCAUGCAGAGGUUCAAGCUUUCACCCACCGCCUGCAUGAAAAUUUCUCUCUUGAGCUCCUGAAAACAGCCUUCAUCAAUCCCUGUUACCUGCAGAUGGAGCAAGACAAGAGAAAGGGGUUAGGUGUGGAAUCUGAGACUGCCGCUCUUGUUCUAAAAGAUAAUGUGCAACUGAGUAAAAAGGGGUCUGCGUUCGCUGAAAGCUUCCUGACCGACUGGUGCAGGGCAAGCUUCCCGAGCCUGCCGGCCAUCGGGGUGGAGAGUAUUGUAGGGCACCUCACCAGUCCAACAGUCAUCACUUACGUAGCCAGAAAUCUGGGCAUUGAAGACCUAACAAUGAGUGCAGAAUUCCCUGUUCCAGAUGAUGUGCUCUGUUCUACUUUCAUGGCAGUGAUCGGAGCUCUGCAGGAAAGCAGUGGAGCUGAGCGAACUGGAUUAUUUCUCAGGGAUUUUCUGGUGACUCAGCUGAUAGGAAAGGACCUCUUUGAUAUGUGGACUGUGGUCAACCCCAUGGGACUACUGGUGGAAGAGCUUACUAAGAGGAAAAUUCCUCUGCCAGAGCCUCGCCUCAUCCGGUCUGCUGGAGCCAGCACAGUGUUGCCACUGUAUUUUGUUGGCUUAUACAGUGACAAGAAGCUACUGGCUCAGGGUCCAGGAGAGACACUUGCAGCAGCCGAGGAAGAAGCAGCUCGCGUGGCCCUCCGGAAACUUUAUGGCUACACUGAGAACCGCAGACCCUUUGACUUUUCUCCACAACAACAACAUCAGCAGCCUUUUAUUCAGUCAGUCGCCAGCAAUUAAUUAACAUCUCUAAAGCUGCAGCAAAAAACAUUUAAAGGGGGCAAGGACGGACAGGAAUCUCAUUUGAAGACUUAAGGCUUCCCACUGAUUGCAGAGUGUGCUGAACUUGACAGAACUGGUUCUUUUUAGGUAUUUAAAAGUCGGGUCCUUCAGACAAAGCAGAGCAAUAUAAGUCUUGAUGUUCUAAGAAAAAGUGCUGUAAGAUCUGGCUGAGACAGAAUAAUAUUGUUCCAGUAACUGAUGACAUCUUCAGUAGUGAACUAGGCUGGUCAGCUCACCCUAGAUUACAACAGAGGUUCUGAAGUCCAUUGCACAAAAUACUCUUGUAAAUAAUACAAAUACCAUUUGGUUUACUUUGUAUUAUGUAAUAAUAUGUUAUUCAGUUGUAAUAAAGUGUGUAAAAUACAUGUC